AACGCUAUUUUAGGUGGUGACGACUUGAAUUUAGUCUUUGAAUCUAUUAAGGCUACUAGAUUGUUGUUGUUAAUCAAGUUUCCCACGUUAUUAAAUAAUUAACUAAAUGUGGUGAACAAAAAUGCUUGCUUUAGACAUAGUUUCACCUUCCGUAGGCUUAAAAAGUUCAUGGUUUUACCCAAUACAGUGUAGUAACAGCGUUUAUUUAUUAAGCAGAGUUAUUUAGAUUAUAAUCUUUUAAGUACUACUAAGUGAUAAAUACUACUAGACACAGACAAAAGCAGAUUGGAUUGGAUAUAGAUAAGAUCAAAUAACAUAAGCUUCAAAGAUGGCAGAGGCAGGCUUCCCCGGUCAGCACACCACCACCACCGUGACGUCAAGCACCACAGUGCAGACCAACAUACGCUUUGACCCCGAGUAUGUCAAGACAGUCCCGGGCAUACUCAAAGUUGUACAAGUGUCAUGCAGUUUGCUGGGCUUCAUCUGCAUCCUGUGCUCCAAGUUCGGCGUGCUGAACCAGGGCACGUACUUCAGCUGGAUCGCCAUGAUCGCGUUCUGGUUCAGCGGCAUCCUGCUGGGCUUGUACCUGUUCCACCUGGUGGAGAAGUUCUACAAGAUCCCGUGGCUCAAGAUCGAGUUCGUGUUCACGGCGCUGUGGACGCUGCUGUACUUGAUAGCCGCCGUGCUGGUCGGCACGGCGUACUAUGACGACGCACACACUGCCGCCGCGUUCUUCGGGUCGGUGGCGACGGUGGCGUACGCGCUGGACGCGGUGGUGAAGUUCAUGGCGGUGCGCGCGGGCGGCCUGGCGCAGGGCUCGCGCGUCGUCUCCAAGCAGACCACCUCCGCCGUCAGCUCGCCGCGCGAGGGCUACUAGACGGGGGAGACUCCUCCGCACACGGCGGUUUACUAGAGCCGCCACGUUCACAGUACUCACACUAACGCGAUUUGAGUAUAGUGCAUGUAUUUUGACAACUCUUUCGCCAUUUUUGCUCUGUGUCAACUGUCAUGUCAAGAGUACGAUUUUUGUCAUUAGUCUAAGGGUAA